CAAAACUUACCUUUGUUUCUACCAUUCUUGGGCUUGUUCUGUGCUCUCUUGGAAAUAAUUUGGGAUCUCUCUUCCCCUUUAUAAAGUUGUUUCUUUGCCUUUUUUAGGCCUAUCUUUCCUCCACCUAAAUCAUCUCUUCUCUUGUUUCUUUUUCCAUUUCCUCUUCUGUUGUGGAGAUCGAAAAUGGUGAGGGGGAAGACUCAGAUGAGGCGUAUAGAGAACGCGACAAGCAGGCAAGUGACUUUUUCCAAGAGGAGAAAUGGAUUGUUGAAGAAGGCCUUCGAGCUUUCUGUUCUUUGUGAUGCUGAAGUUGCUUUGAUUAUCUUCUCCCCUAGAGGCAAGCUCCAUGAAUUUGCCAGCUCAAGCAUGCAUGAGACCAUCGAACGAUACCGCAAACACACUAAGGAUGUUCAAAGUAACAACACGCCUGUGGUGCAAAACAUGCAGCAUCUAGAGCAUGAAACAGCAACUUUGGCAAAGAAGAUAGAGCUUCUUGAAGUUUCAAAGAGGAAACUAUUGGGAGAAGGUUUGGGAUCGUGUUCCAUUACGGAACUGCAACAGAUAGAACAGCAGCUGGAGAAGAGUGUGAGCACUGUUCGAGCCAGAAAGAUGCAGGUCUUCAAAGAGCAGAUCGAACAACUAAAAGAAAAGGAGAAGAAUCUUGCAGCAGAUAAUGCAAUGCUGCUUGCCAAGUAUGAAGUUCAACCGCGACAAGAAUCGCCAGAAGACGGAGGAAACAUAACAUCCACAACAGAAACCAGCGAGAACUCAGACGUGGAGACUGAGCUGUUCAUCGGACCUCCAGAAAAGAGAUUCAAGCGCAUUAUGGAGAAAUGAUACUAUGCAUGCACGUGGCUUGUUGCUUUUGAUUUCGCUUGUCUAGUUCUUUACAUAGUUGUCCAAGAAAAAACUCUUGUUUCUCAUCAAACAAUGACACAAAUAAUGGCUGGUUUGGUGAAUCAUGUUUGUUGUUCCCUUGACA